AUGGGGGUGGUGGUGGCCUUUGACAAGAACCGAGGCUUCGGUUUUAUUAAGGACUAUACGACCGGCAGGGAUUUAUAUGUGAACCGAAGAUCCGUCAAACGGAGUUACCUCCCUGAACAUUUGCCUAACCUCCGCGAGGGAGAGGAGGUAGAGUUCACCCCUGCUGAGGGCCUGCGAGGCCCCUACGCUUCCGCCGUGACUCGUCCCAGACAGAAGUCUGAAGAUUGGGAGGAGUCCGAGGAAUGUGCCAGUCCGGAACGUGAACCGGAGCGCCCAGCAGAACCGGCGCACAAUACGUUUCAAGAGCGAGGCUCUUUCAUUGGCCCGAACGUGUUCUGGCAGCCUACUGUCGUAGAGAAAUGGGUGAGCCCGUAUCCUUCACCAGAACUGCCCCGCCGGGAGAAGACUAUAAAGGAACUAGAAAAUCUGGAGCGGUUUCAUGCUGCACUGGACAGCAUUCGCCAGGGAAAAAGGGCAGAUGCGGCGCCAGAACCUGCAGCGGCCGUGCCCGACAGUCCGGAGUCCUUACCUGACCCUGCGGUGACAUCGGAAAAUCCCUGCAGCGACGCAACGUCCGAGAACCUGGAGGACCAGAUCGUGCGACUGGAACUCCAGCUGAGAGGCCUGCGCCAGCUUGCCGCCUCCAAGAUACCGUCUCCGCCACUUGAAAGGAAAAGGGCAACUAAGGACUCAGACGUCUCUGAGCCAGAGAUAAGGGUGUCUAUCCCUACCAGCCGGUCAUCCAUUGUAACUGUCGCUGCUGUCGCGGCGCCAAGGAGACUUACCUAUGCCAGACACCAUUGCGUGCAAUCGGUGACACCUGAACCCACAGAGCCUCCUGCUGCGGUUGUACCUAGACCAGCGGGGCCUCCAACUGUAACCAUGCCUGGGCCGAUGCAGCCACCGACCAUAAUUACCCCUAGGCCUAUGGGGCCUAUACCAGUAAGGGGACCAUUCAUGCUUUAG